AUGCAUACUUCAACGGUGAUGGACGGUAUGAGUAGGUUUCAAUCCCAGCUGUCCUCCAUCAUGGAAAAACUGGUGGUUUCUGCAGUGACGGAGAUCAACCAGCUGAUGUGUGAGUACUGCACCGUCCUCCGGGUGCAGCUGAGCCGGGAGAGACAGGACAGCAGCGCCGUGAGUGAGACCCCGAUGCUGCACAGAGCCGAUACCGGCUUCAUGCGGGACUCUCAGCUCGGUAAGGUGACAUGCCACUAAAGCAGAGUAUGAUGCAGAGAGUCAGUGGGACUGAUCACGACGGAGCAUUUACACCAGAAGGAGCACAAAUAGGGGAGACCGGGAGCAUCUGUGACGAAUUGAAGGUUUAAAGUCACCACUAAAGAACCUUCUGGCUAAAUGUAUUUUAUUUUAUUUUAUUAUUAUUAUUAUUAUUUUAAAUUAAAGCAGUAACUUGUCUCUGUUUUGCCUUUCAACAGCCUGUCACACUAGCAACGUUAGAGUAUUAAUACUGAUGGAAACACUAAAGGUUGGUGUUAAAUCUGCCACCGCCGUACUGAGGUAGCCCCCAUGAGGACAAGUGUAAAAUAACAUCACUUUAAAUCAUGCAAAAUGCGUUUGACUGUAUUCUCAUAAUUACUUAAAGGGAUCUUCUGGGAUAAAGAUUAAGUUAGGAUCAAACACACCAUAACAUCGAGUAAGACACUCCCUCGAAAAGUGCAGCGGAGUUUUGCAGCUCAAGGAAGAACAUUUAUGAUUACUACUUCAUGGAAAUGCAAUCGGGCCGUGGCUGCUGGAAGAGAGUGGGUGAGUUGUGUUUGGUCUCUUUGCUAAAGGAAUCAUCAAAGCUAAAAAGAUGUUUGAUGGCUAGUGCUAUGGAUGGGACCCUACAUGUACUGUUCAGAAUCAGAGAAUCAGAGUGUCCUUUAUUGUCAUCAUACUAAAAGUACAACAAGAUUGGAGAGCUACUCCUUUUCCAGUGCAAUAGACAAGUAAAAAUACGGUAGUAAAAGUACAAAUAGUUGUAAGAAAGAAGGUAAUAUACAUACAAGACAAGAAUUCUACAGAACAGUAAAAUAAAAUGUACGUGUAGGAAAAAAAUAGAAAGAUAAAUACUAAAGAAAAUUAUCAAAAAUAAAUAUAUCUGUGUUUGAAUAUAUGUAUAUAUGUACUUUUUUAUAUUUAUAUGGACAUGUGUUGCACAGGUUAAGGAUAUAAUGAUCGACACAGCAGCAGUAACAUUGGUAAUAUUGCACUUGUUACCUCAUCUUGAGGGCUGGAGCUGGUUUAUGGGAGUUUAUGGGCAGCAGGUCAAACAGCUGGGCACCGGGGUGUGAAGGGUCCUGGAUGAUGUUUUGAGCUCUGCUGAGGCACCAGGUGGAGUAGAUGUCUGUCAGGGAGGGGAGAGUUGUUGAUAAAGUUAGGUGCUGUUCUGAGCAUUAUUUGUGGCUAUAGAGUGGCUUUUUGGUUGAGGUGUGCGCAUGGAGUGAUAGACUGCUGUGUAUUGCUAUCGUGCGGUUGUUACUAAAAUUGGUAUAACUGGAGAAGCAAGCAGUCGGCAACAUUCAUCUCUCAGGGGUGGGGGGUCUAACUUGGUGUUUCGGUGUGUUUGACCAUAACUUAAUUUUACGCCAGAAUAUCCCUUUAACAGAGGAUUGCCCAAGAGUAUGUCAUUGAUUUGAGGUUUUCUUAUGGUUUGAGUAGUCCAUAUGCACCUUUACAUAUUUGUUUGAUUUAUUGUACAUACGCAUCUGUUUGUAUGAGCAGGUGGGUAGAAUGAACUGGAAUCAAAAAUGUGUUCACAUACUGCCUCCAGGGGAUAAUCCAUAGUCCAUCUGUCCAUACACAGAAGAACCCUCUUUUUUGAAGAUAAGAUCCUGCCAGCAUUGCCUCCAUGCUAAAUAGGCAUAACUAACAAAAAGAGGGCUAAUAUAUGAUUAUACACUGGUUGUACCCCUGAUCUCUGCGUGUGAAUCAGUUUCAUCUGACUAUUUCUUCAGAUGAGCUGGUUUUAUUUUAUCCCACUUGCAUUUUUCUGUGCUUUGUGUAAUUUUAGGAAACAAUGAAGAGGAAUUGCAGCAGCAGGUGGGUCAGAUGAAGAGUAAGGGGACCACUGACAAGCAGGAGGAGGUGAGGCUCUUCACUCAGACAAGGGAGUAUCUAUAUUUGGUUCCGUGCGUUUUUAUUGUUACAAAUGCUCUUUGAGAAACCAUUAAUUCCAGAUUUUUAUUUGUAUCCCAACAGCAAUCAAUACAUAAAAUUCUCUAAUGAAAACAGAGCUUCAGUGUCCUGUCACAGGAUUGUAAUGAAUCGACCCAUUCAUGUCAUAGUAACGUGCAUUUCUUUUGCAGGCUGUAACAAAAGACUUUGCGCUGCUAUGAUUUUGAUUAUAAUGAUUAGAUUUUCAUUUGACAUGUAUUUGAACUUGUGAAUAUUUGUGAAUAUUUAAUGUAGAAAUUGUAAAAAACUUUUUCUUCAGCUGCUCGACUGACUUCUACUCCCCUUGAACCAAUUUCAAGCGUUAAAAAAUAUAGAAACCCUUAUUUUUGUCAUGAAUGAUCUUGUUUGCAUUUGCAUAUUAUACAAGGACAUAAAUGUAAUUUUUUGUUGAUUUCAUAGAUGUAAAAAUAUCUCCUCACAGGAGCUUGGUUAGGGUUAGCAGUGAUGUUGUUAGCCGGCCUUAGCUGUUGGCUGUUUUUGUUGUAGGCUGAUUCAUAGAGUCUCUGAAGUGUCUGACCCACAACCUUUGAACAGCUUCUCAUCUGAUAGAGCAGCUUGGACUUCAAAGUCGUGGACUUUGUUGUAUACCAUGCAGGACACUCGCAAUCACAGAAAUAAAAGACAAAACAAGGAUGAAGAAACCAAAUCCUGCUGUGUGUGUGUGUGUGUGCGCGUGCGUACGUGCGUGCGUGCGUGCGUGCGUGUGUGUUUUGUUCACAGAUAAAUUCAGUCUGAUCUUUCUAAGAAAUUAAAGGGUCCAUCGAUGCACCAAAGUAGUUAUAAGAUAACACUUACUGGAUUUUUUUCAGGAACGAAUGAGAAUCUGGUGUUUCACCAAAUAUAAUUGUUGUUUCUUGUUUUGCUGUUUGCCACAGAGAACCCUGAGGCCUAUAGACUGCAAGUUUGAACCAAACACUGUGAAAUCGGAGGAUCCUUCAGUGGAGCAACUGAGGUUAACAGGUAAUCGUGUUUUUCUUUCUUAAAAUUUUUUUUAGCUAAAAUAACACUCUCAUGUCCACAGUGGCCACCAAAAUGACUGAAAUAAGAUCCUCAUCCCUCUCUUUUCAGGAGCUCCUCCUGCACUCUCAGCCACAUGCUUGCAGGUUGGGGAGAAUCUUCCACAUCAGAUCUCCCAGUCCUGCAGUGAACCUCCAGAGGCCAGCAAAGAUCUACACACUGACUAUAACCCGUCUGUGGAGAUGCAAUGCAGGUUAAGUUUAUCUCCGAGUGCAGCUCAGUUCACCGAUCUGGGAUUUCAAAUCAAAAGAGAAGCAGAGAGUCCAGAUUUACAGACUCAGGGUGAAGAUGUAAAUCUGAGCUUUGAACUCCAGCAAGGGAUUCUGGGUCAGAUGUACACAGAAUCUGUAGCAUUUCCUGCGGGCAGCUCUGUGUCUGACACCCCAGUGCCCACAUGUUUUAGCAGCCUACAACAGUCAGACAAUCAGCGCGUCUUAAGAGUAUUGACUAUCCCUGAGUUAUCACCUGACAGACUGUACCCUGCAGACAGAGAAACACCCAGUCACCAGUUUGAACGGAGGCGGGCAGCUCAGUACCGGACACCUGGGCGGUUUAAAUGUGACUUCUGCGGGAAAGGUUUUCCUUUCCUGAGUGCGAUGAAAGGCCACAGGCUCUCACACACAAGGGAGAGGGAUCAGGUCUGUGGCCAGUGUGGGAUGACUUUCAUCAGGCGCAGCCACCUAAAGCGCCAUGAGAUGCUGCACGCUGGUGUUAAACCGUUUACCUGUCAGGUCUGUGGACGCAGUUUUACUCGCCAAGCCCACCUUAGCUCACACAUGAAGACUCACAGCAUGUGA